UGAAAGCUUUAAGUUAUGCUUCGUUAGAUAAAGAAGAUUUGUUAAGUCCUAUUAACCAAAACACACUUCAGCGUUCCUCUUCUGUUCGCUCCAUGGUUUCUAAUGCUACAUAUGGUAGCUCUGAUGAUUACAUUGGCCUUGCUCUCCCUGUGGAUAUCAAUGAAAUAUUUCAGGUAAAGGAGACUCCGUAUUUCCAGAAGAAAACCACACCUCCAUUUGAUGACCGUGGAGCUAGGAUCUUUGCACCUGACGCAGGAGGUCUUCAAUCAGGUACAAGUGAUGUUGUCAAAAGCCCUUUUCAGAUGCUCCGACAGCAGAUCAGUCUGACAGAAAUAAUGAAUACCAGCCGUUCAGAUGCCUCUCAGUUUUUGGAAAAUACAGAGGAUACAGGGCUACAGGAGCACACGGAUGAGAACUGCCUGUACUGUGUCUGCAUUCAGAUACUGGGUUAUCAGCCUAACAACAAAGUGAACUCUUCAUAUAGUCGUACAGAUUUUUCAGACAUUCCAUAUACUGACUGGUGUGGGCAGACCAUACACAAUCACUUAGAUGUGCAUUCCUCCAAAUUUUCUGGAAUUUCAGGCUGUAGUGAUGCAGUAUCCCAUGGCUCAGCUAGCAGCACCAAGAGUACAGAGCUUGUACUAGGAGUAAAAUCAAUCCCAGACGAUACACCAGUGUGCAGAAUACUUCUGCGGAAAGAAGUCUUACGUUUAGUAAUCAAUUUGAGUAGUUCAGUAGGAACUAAGGGCCAUGAAACUGGACUCCUGACAAUUAAGGAGAAGUAUCCCCAAGCAUUUGAUGACAUAUGCCUUUACUCUGAGGUAUCCUACUUGUUAGCGCAUUGUACAUUUCGACUUCCAUCUCGAAGGUUCAUUCAGGAGCUAUUUCAAGAUGUACAGUUCUUACAAAUGCAUGAAGAAGCAGAGGCUAUUUUAGCAACACCAACAAAACAGCCAGCAAUUGAUAUAUCAGCUGAAUCCUGACCUCUGUCUCAUGCACUGCAUUGCAUAUAGACUUUCUGAAACCCUCAGACAACCUCCAACUGACUGGAUAAAAAGCUUGGAGCAACAUCUUCUAGACUGUUCCAGAAGCUACUGGUACCUGAAGACUGAACUGAAAACUUCUUCCUCAACCAAUUACUGCCCCAGUCUUUUGAGCCUUUUGGGGAGUUAUUAAACAUUACCAUAGUUUUAAUAAUAGUAAUUACCAGUAUAUGCAAGAGCCAAGCACUGAACACAAGUUUUCAUUUCAUUUUCUACCAUAAAUUAAAAACAAUAGGACAACAUGCAGAGACAUCUGUUUUUUGACUGACUUCCGAUUCUGUUCCAGAGAAGCAGAAUGAUGCCUUGCUUUUAACCCGUGAAUACCAGGAAUCGGAGAGAUGAGGGUGCAUUCCAUUGCCAGCAAUGGGGAGCCGUGCUGUAAUUGUGGGCACCAGGGGAUUAAUGUUAGCCCUUCUCUGUUGGUUUUUGUACUGUUUAUAACACUACUUGGGGGUUUGUAACUUCAGAUAGAAAGAAAAGCCUCUGUGAAUCUGAGGUUUCCUUUAAGUUAUUUUAAUAUUGCUGUAGUUCAAAGUCAUUUUAUUAGCAGUCUCUCCAGAUUCAUUACAUUUACGUACAUUUAUCU